CACAAAUGGCAUUUGUAAAAAAGACGAAUCAAACGACACGCUAUAUCUAUCUUGGCCAUAAAGGAUUUCCACUGUAACUGAGCCUUAUUGAUAAUAUGGGUGUAUAGUUAAAUACAACUGUAUUGGGAAAUAUAUUUGUAAGUACGUACAACGAAUUAAGUGUAGGCUAUAGAAAUGGAGUUAUGGAGUAGUAGGCUAUGGAAAAUAUAAUGGUGUAAGUAGAGACUAUAUGUAUAUUAAUAAGAAACUACGUAAGAGGAUUAAAUGUACAAGGAAUGUGCAAUAAUGAGUAACACAGUGCAAGUAAUAUUUAAUAUACUGUUAAAAAUUAGUUUAAUUUGCGCCACUUUAUUUCAACAUAAUAUUCAUAGGCCACCUACAUAUAGUACAACACAGUAAAUUUGAAGGGUAAUGUUAAAUUUUAGGUUAUAAAGGCAAUUUAUAUGUGCUGCAUAGGGAGGCUUUGUUAGGUCAAACUGCGAGGGAAAACAUCACAUGUUCUUGGCCCCGCCUUUGUGACUGUGUUUCUACUAGGUCCUGUAGGUUGCUAUAAAAAUGCCUCUUCUGUGGUACUGCGUCAUAUACUGUUGUUACUGAGCUAUAGAUCAUGUCUGGAAGAGGUAAAGGCGGUAAAGGACUCGGAAAAGGAGGCGCUAAGCGUCAUCGUAAAGUUCUGCGUGAUAACAUUCAGGGUAUCACCAAACCCGCCAUCCGUCGUCUCGCUCGCCGUGGUGGUGUCAAGCGUAUCUCCGGUCUUAUCUACGAGGAGACCCGCGGUGUGCUGAAGGUGUUUCUGGAGAAUGUUAUCCGUGACGCUGUUACCUACACCGAGCAUGCCAAGAGAAAGACCGUCACCGCUAUGGAUGUCGUGUACGCGCUGAAGAGACAGGGACGCACACUGUACGGUUUCGGAGGUUAAACGAAUAAAAGCAAAACAAAACCCAACGGCUCUUUUAAGAGCCACC